AUUAUCGUAAACCUCUCGCACACUUCAGCGCAAAAAUCACGGUAACAUCAGCGAAGAAGAUCAGACCGAUGCACCGAAUCCCCCCACCUUCGCAACCAAAAAGUACCUGUUGUUAAUUAUUGUUUAAGCAGUGGAUUAGCUAUCACAGAUAGAACACCGCAACAACAGGAAAGGAAAAACAACACACUUUCACUGCCGGUAGGACAUUUUGGCAAGCAUAACGCGUGGGUUAUCAAUCAAAGAAAGCAAAGUAUUGUUUCUUGCGAUCUAGCGGAUCGAUCUAUUAUACCCGUCAGAGAGAAACAAAAAGAAUCUCAGUUUUCAAGGCAAAUUAUAGAGAGAGAGAGAGAGAGAGAGAGAGAGAGAGUGAAGAGGGAGAGUGAGAGAUGGUGGGAUGAGGGUGAACAAGAAGAAGGGAGAGAGGGGGGAACAUGGCGCAGGGAAGAGCGAGGUGGGGAUGUUCGUACAAGAAAACUACUCUGGUCGUUUGCUCGAUCAACAUUUUCAUUGCCCUCUACGUUCUUCGCUCUCUGUAUUCUUCUCUCUACAUCUACUCCGGUAAAGUCUCAAGAAACACUGUUAACUAUACCCCGGAUCAGAUUAGGAAAAUGGAAGAAUCGAUUCGGAUUCGGAGAGCGUCCGAACCGUUGGAGCUUGUUAAACUGGUAAAGGAACUAAAGGAAGAGCUUACUAGAGGAGAGGUUGUGGUUCAACUGCCACGGCCUUUGAAAGAGAAGAUAACCGAUGAGAUUUUGAAGAGGUUGAAAAGCUUGAAUGGUAGUGCCAACACUACUGAGCAGCGAGAAGCAGUUGAAAGGUGGCGCAGGGAAAAACUAGAAGAAGCUAAGCAAACUUCAAAUUCAACUAUUCAACGUGAAGAAGCUGGGAUGCUAGUAAGAGCCUUGGAGUCUGAUUGGGCAGUGCUAUCAGAAGAAAUUGGCCUUUGGAUACCUGCUGAAGUCAUUAACAAAGAACAUGAUGAUAAGCCUGAGGGUGAAGAAGAGUUAGAGGAUCAAAUUUUACCCGGCAGGCCAAUUCCACCUGAAUGCCAUACGGAACUUCAUACAGAUUAUGGCGGUGCAGCUGUUAGAUGGGGCCUUACCCACCAUAAAGACAGCGCAGCUGACUGCUGUCAAGCUUGCUUGGAUCACGCUAAACGUGCCAGGCCAGGUGAAAGGAAAUGUAAUAUAUGGGUUUAUUGCCCAUCUGAGGAUGGGUGCCAUUCUCCAGAUAUCUAUCAACACAAGCAUCACGAAUGCUGGCUGAAAUAUGCGGAAAAGCCCAGAACAAGCUUUAAGGACAAGUAUUCUGACUCAUAUAGAAAUUCACACCCAAAUGCUCCUUUUGUUGUACCAUGGGUUGCUGGUGUUGUCAGUACGUGAUUGGAUUUGCCCAAAUUGGGAAACAAUUGGCAUAGGCUUGUAAGCUGCAGGUUGUGUUGCCACGGGAACAAAAAUGAAACUUGCUUCUCUGAAUUACAAAUAUUCCGCUCCUAAUUCUUUGUAUUUGGGGAAAGAAAGAGGAAAUAGGGAGAAGAGAUGAGGGCAGGGGGGUGGGGUUGGUAUUGUUCCAUUUUUCUUUUCGUCAGUUAAUUUUUGUAACACUGCUUGCGGUUUCCCUUGGCGCCGAUGAUCUUUAAGUUGAGAAAUCUAGUGCCAAGACAAGGUGAAAUCAGUUGGACAUGAAAGCGCUUUCUCUGUGGAUUUAAUGAUCUGCAAAAAUGAUUCAUUGUAGUCGGGAUGUGAAAUUAAUUUAUGAAAAAGAUUCAUUGUUAUGG